CGGAGUACUAAUCAACUCAAUGCAGGUCAUUGGUCAUUACCGAUUACGUAUAGUUAACUAAGUUAAAGUUAGCUAUGGACUCUAACCAGCUUACCCCGCCACGUCUUAUCCUCGGCUCGACAACCACGAUCUGGGACGUCGAUAAAUUGCGCUAUCAAGCUCGCUCUCAUUAAUUGCACGUGGACUGAGUAGCUUCAGAUAACACUAGACUGAGCACAGAAAGUGAGGAAAACACUCUCGUCCGCUCUGCGUGCCCGCGCGACGGCCAUGUCCUCCAACGCCUGGCAGGAUUUGGUGGAAGAAUGGAGGGCGUCCUACGGCGAUUCACAAGAACCUUUGACCCGACCCAAGCUUUUAUCUCCGUUGAUGAACACCAUUUCCACUCCAUCCGGAAGCUGCUUCACGAGCAGAACUUAAAAGGACUGUUCACCGAGGUUGAACUAUGGGAGCUUGUUCUCACCUGGCACCGACUCGAGCCGUGGCCUGAUUCAGUCAACGGCCUUGAAUUACCCAACCGUCGUUUCCGGACCUGCACUUUGUCCAAUGGCAACGUCUCUCUCUUGAAGGACCUCCAACGCCAUGGAUCUCUGCCCUUCACGGAUAUUGUCAGUGCUCAACACUUUGGGGCAUAUAAGCCGUCGCCGCAGGUGUACACUGGCGCAGCAAAGCGCUUUGGACUGGAUCCCCGCAAUUGUGCAAUGGUGGCUGCACACCUUUAUGAUCUGAAAGCCGCCAAAGCCCUAGGAUUUGCGACCAUUUAUGUGGAACGAAAUGAGGAGAGUCUCACUCCUCAAGAGAUUGCUCAAGCCAAAGAGCAGUAUGUGGACGAGUGGGUCGAUGGUGCCACGGAUGGAUUGAUCGAGGUCGCCCGGCGCCUAGGCAUUCCUGAAGAACCCUGACAUAGCGAAUACAUGUCAAUAGGCCUGAAGCAUUGAUUCUCAACCAGUCAAGUAGCUCUUGGUCUAUCAGCGCAAGCCCAGUCCUGUAAUUCAUGCGGGGUUGCAGGA